UCCUGCGCGCGCUCAGCACUCGCGCGGGGGCCCGCCGUGCGCGCGCGUCCCUAGCCAGAGCCCGCAGCUCGCCCGUAUUGCUGGCCCGGAGCCCACUGCUAGCAACCCCUCGCCCUGGCCCAGCUGCGCGCGCUCCGAGGUCGCGGAGGUUCGAUACCCUGGCGGGAAGGGUCGGGCGCACGCGCGGACGCUGACGCAGUGUCCCGGGACCGAACUGAACUUGGCCUCGCGCUUUCCCGGCUCGCCGCUUCCAGCCGGGCGCAGGCCCCGGUGACGUGCGCACCUGCUGGGGGCUGGUGCGGCCCGCGGAAAAGGAUGCGUGGGGCCUGGGCCUGGCCGCAGCCCAGGGUGGAACACCGCGCGUCGUGCGCCGCCCGCGACGACCCGCGAAGCGUCUAUCUCUGAAGGGCGAGACGAAAUAGAGAGGAAGAGACACUAUAGCACUGGAAUUUUCCCAGGUUCUGUGUUACUCCUUUGGGGACAAGACACACACAUGGCAAGGCAAGGGGCAUACUAGGCACCCAAGCUUUUGGAAAAUGCUCACAUUGGCCUUGUGCAUGGCCCUUCUGGGCUGCCUGCAGGCCCAGGAGCUCCAGGGACAUGUCUCCAUAAUCCUGCUGGGAGCCACUGGAGACCUGGCUAGAAAGUACUUAUGGCAGGGACUGUUCCAGCUGUACCUGGAUGAGGCAGGGAAGGGCCACAGCUUAAGCUUUCAUGGGUCUGCUCUGGUGGAUACUAAGCAGGGCCAAGAGACCCUGGCAAAGAUUCUGAAGACCCUCUCCUGUCCCAAGGACAUGGCCCCUGAUCGCUGUGUGAAACUCAAAGAUCAGUUCCAGGGGCUAAGCCAGUACCGCUCCCUGAAGACAUCUGAGGACUAUCUGGCUCUGAACAAGGACAUUGAGGCACAGGUUCUGCAUGAAGGCCGCUGGGAAGCCGGCAGAAUUUUCUACUUCUCGGUACCAUCCUUUGCCUAUGCGGACAUUGCCCGCAACAUCAACAGCAGCUGCCGUCCCAGUCCUGGUGCUUGGCUGCGCGUUGUCCUUGAGAAGCCCUUUGGCCGGGAUCACCUCUCUGCCCAGCAGCUGGCCACAGAACUUGGGAACUUUUUCCAAGAGCAGGAGAUGUACCGAGUAGACCAUUACCUGGGCAAGCAGGCCGUGGCUCAGAUCCUGCCUUUCCGAGACCAGAACCGAAAAGCGUUGGAUGGGCUCUGGAACCGACACCACGUGGAGAGGGUGGAGAUCAUCAUGAAGGAGACAGUGGAUGCAGAAGGUCGUACCAGCUUCUAUGAGGAGUAUGGUGUCAUCCGAGAUGUCCUCCAGAACCAUCUGACAGAGAUCCUCACACUUGUGGCCAUGGAGCUGCCACACAACAUUAGCAGCUCAGAGGCUGUGCUCCAGCACAAACUGCAGGCCUUCCAGGCACUACGGGACCUGCAGAAGAGCAAUGCAGUCUUGGGCCAGUACCAGGAUUAUAGCCAGCAGGUGCGCCGAGAGCUGCACAAGCCAGAUAGCUUCCACAGCCUGACACCAACCUUUGCAGGCAUCCUUAUUCACAUGGACAACCUACGCUGGGAAGGUGUGCCUUUCUUCCUGAUGUCUGGCAAAGCCCUGGAUGAGAGAGUAGGCUACAUUAGGAUCCUGUUCAAGAACCAGGCAUAUUGUGUGCCCAAAGAAGAGCACUGGGCCACAGCCAAGAGUCCAUGCCUUCCCCGACAAAUCAUCUUCUACAUUGGCCAUGGCGAGCUGGGCAGCCCUGCUGUGCUGGUCAGCCGGAACCUGUUCCAGCCCUCGAUGCCCUCCCAGAGUUGGAAGAAAGUGGAAGGUCAUUCUAGUCUCCGCCUUUUUGGCUGUCCUCUGUCUGACUAUUAUGCCUACAGCCCUGUGGUGGAGCAGGAUGCCUACUCUAUCCUCAUAUCUCAAAUCUUUCACUGUCGGAAGGACUCCUUCAUUACUACGGAGAACCUACUGGCCUCCUGGGUUUUCUGGACACCUUUGCUGGACAGCUUGGCCGAGGAGGUCCCACGGCUUUACCCCGGAGGAGCUGUGAAUGGGCACCUGUUGGAUUUUGAGUUCAAUGGCAACCAGCUAGCCUUUUCCCAGCAGCAGCUGGAACAGCUGGUGCCAGGGCCUGGCCCUGCCCCACUGCCCAGUAAUUUUCAGGUUCACAAAGCCAAAUACAGAGAAAGUCCGCUGGUCUCAGCUUGGCCUGAGGAACUAAUCACCAAGCUGGCUGAGGACACGGAGGCCACAGCUGUGAGGGCUGUGCAGCACUUUGGCAAGUUCCACCUGGCUCUCUCAGGUGGCUCGAGCCCCAUAGCUCUGUUCCAGCAGCUGGCCACAGGACACUAUAGCUUCCCCUGGGCACAGACACACCUGUGGCUUGUGGAUGAGCGCUGUGUGCCACUCUGGGACCCUGAAUCCAACUUCCAGAGCCUGCAGACUCACCUGCUACAGUAUGUCAGGGUCCCCUAUUACAAUAUCCACCCCAUGCCUGUACACUUGCACCAGAGGCUCUGUGUUGAGGAGGACCAGGGAGCCCAGAGCUAUGCUAAUGAGAUCUUGGCUCUGGUAGCCAACAGCAGCUUUGAUCUGGUACUACUGGGCAUGGGUACUGAUGGGCACACAGCUUCCCUCUUUCCCCAAUCGCCCACUGGUUUGGAUGGUGAGCAACUGGUAGUGCUGACCAAGAGCCCCUCCCAGCCAUACCAGCGUAUGAGCCUUAGCCUGCCCCUUAUCAAUCGUGCCAGGAAGGUGGCAGUCCUGGUUAUGGGCAGGAUGAAGCGUGAGAUCACCCUGCUGGUGAGCCGUGUUGGGCAUGAGCCCCAAAAGUGGCCCAUCUCAGGGGUCCUGCCCACUUCUGGUCAGCUGGUUUGGUACAUAGACUAUGAGGCAUUUCUGGGAUGACUGGGAGGGUGGCACUUUGUGCUGCACUUGCCCCCAUUCUGUCCUAACCCCUCCUCUCUCUUCUUAGUCCUGCCACCUACCCAUGUGUCCUGGCUCUGUGAAUCUAGUACCUCAGAGUCAAACCCAAAGAGCAGAAAUUUCUGGGCUUGCUCCCCAACCCCUUUAAUAACUAGGUCUUGUCUCCUUAUGGCGGGGAGACACAGAAGUAUAGAAGAGCUGGGAUCUCUGUUCUUGAGAAACUUCAAAUCCAAGCCUCAGAAGAGAAUAUCCACCUGGAGAAAGGAUCUGCAGCAGUUGCAUACUAACAUAAACCAGCACAAAAUCAGACCUGUGGAAAAGCUUCCAAGUUCAGAUGAGGGUAUACAGUGGACUAGAUUAGUUGGGAAUGAAAACCAGAGGAGGUUAUCUACGAACUGACUCCUAUGGAAAAAGAAAGCACAGGUGGUGGGGAAAAGGAAACCUGGACACCUGUAUGGGGGCUGUGUAAAGCACUUGCUGGAAAGUGUCUGGAGAUUUGAGCUGGUGGGGCCCCUGCUUCUGCCAUCUAUCUCUUCCUUAAGCCUCUGUAGAGCCAGCCUACUGUAUCAUUGAAGCUUCCUCCACCUGCCUCCCACCUCUGGGCCUCUCCUCCUUGCCCAGACUAUAGGGGAGAUCUUCCUAUCCUCUCUCUUUGCCAAAUGACAGUGAUCACAGCAGCACUAAGGCAAUGUGAGUGUAAACAACGUGAGAGUGUGGCUUUGGUUCCAGAGCCACAUGACUGUUGUUCAGAGCUUACCUUCUCAGAUAAACUCUUAUAUGGCAGGAGGGAGGUGCUAGUUCCCUGGCUUCCACAGCAGAGACUCCUGCCACUGCCCUCCACCCCCUGUGAGAAGUAGGGGCCCUACCAGCUCAAGCCAGUCUCCAUGCAGCUAGAUGUAAACUGCCAGGCUAGUUUAGGAAUCCCUCCUAGAAGAUGUACUUUACAUCUUGGUAUUUCCAGGUGGUGUUUCCAUUCUCAAGGCGCCCCCCCCCCCCCCCGUUUUACUAAGUAAGAGGAGCCUCUGAUAGCUCGUUUGGAUGGAGGGCUAUGAUAACACCAGAUGGUGCUCAACAACCCAAGUGCUCUGAUAUGAUCGUGUUGGGGCCAAAUAUCCUUAGAGGGUGAGAUGGGGUGCAAGGGGCAACUGAAGUUCAUAGGAGCACUGACUACCACCAGCUCCUCAGGGACUUGGCUGGUGAUUCUUUGUGCCAACAGGGUGGGUGCAGCCCACUCUUCUCACACUAUCUCUGGGAGCCUGGAGCCUUCUGAUGUCCUGUCUGCUGUUAAUCUACUGCUACCCUUCCUGACACCACCUUUGUCCUCUGCCCCACACUGCUAAGGAAUUGGGGAAAAUACACAGGACACUUUUUUAAAAGAAUAAAUUGUGGUGUAUGUAUCUUGGGGGUGUGGGGGAGAGGCAGGAGAAAGGCAGAAUAGCUCACUUGGAUAGCACAAUGCUUUGUUAUGUGUAUGAUGCAGAUUUGAGGCUGGCCUCCACUGUCUUGAAGGAAGCUUUGGUGUUGUGGCCUCUUAAUCUCUCUCUUUCUCUGUGCCUCUUGCCUUUUCUGUCUGUAACACACACACACACACACACACACACACCACCUUGGGUUGAGGUGGUAGCAAGAUAGCUCAUCUGUAUAGUUUACCUGCUUUGUCAAGUGCAUGACCCAGGUCCACCCCACACUGGUCUUUCCCUCCCUUUCUGUCAGAAAAAUUUGGCCUGGAGUGGUGAAGCUACUGAGUGUUCUACUCUUGAGUAACCACAGGCCAAUAAUACCUGGUGGUUCCAGAUGCCCUGGGGUAGCUUCUGAAAUUCUGAAAUCAAGACUUCUCAGGUAAUACUUGACUUUUAUUCCAAAUCUCUCAAGAUAGGAAUAUAGAGAACUUUUCUGCACUUGAGAGUGAAUUUCAAAUAGAGGACUAUACUUAGUGGAGAGGAGUGAUAUCAAACACAUUUCUUUACAUUGAAUCAAUUAUGCAUUCUCCAAGGCUGUGGAUUUAGAAGACUGGUUGUUUUCAUUUGAGAUAAUGUGUCUGUGAAGUGGGUACUGAGACAGGCCCUCCCUAAGAGUGUUAGUCUUGUUAAAUUCUGCUUCCCUGUGCUUCCAGCAGCCAGGGCCAGACAGGACAUCUCUUUCUGUACCAAGACUGCUAACCAUGGCAGAGCCCCUUUUCCUAGGACUGAAGAUUGAGCUGGUUUGCUUCUGGUAGGCUCAGGCUCCUGAGAGGACUGUAGGGUAUCACCUCUGGCCACAUGGGGGUGCCCUUGUACCAUCCUUGUAGGCUCCCCUUAUGACUGUGGACACCUCCUUAUAUAGCAGGUUGCUACCUUGUACUCUUAGUGUUUCUACUUAAUUCUUGGCACCCUCCAUCUGUUCUUUAGAAACCUCUUUGAAUUUGCAGCACCAGAGAGAGGCCUGCAUAUACCUUCAUGCCUCAUUCCAGGGUGCAUAGAGACCCGGCUCCUGAUACCUUCUUCUGAGUUAGACUGAAUUGCUGAGAGCCUGAUCCCAAAAUGCCUUUUUCUCAGAUAGCCUUGCCUAACAUGUGCCUUAAUCUAUGGAGAUUGUAUAUGGUUCGGAGACAAAACAAACCAGAAAAUGUACAUUUGCCUUUCUAGAAUCCAGGUAUCUAAAAUAGUCACACUGGCGCAGCCCAAUGAGAGACAUUACCAAGCCUCCUCUUGCCCUUAUCACUCUUGCACCACCUGGUUAGCAAAGAGUGGUUCCCAGAACCUGGCCACCUAGGCUGGUGGUUUUCAGACUUUUGGAACUGUGAUCCAUAACAAAAAACAAACAGUUCAUAAAGGAAUUCUUACCUAUAGAACAUGAGGUUUUCUAUUUCUGUAUUUCUGAAAACUACUAUACUUGUAGUAGACCAAAAUGAGUUGAUAACAUGGUUUAGAAAAUGCUGCUCAAAUCCAGCUUUACUGGAAAGCCAUUCUGUAGGGGGAGUAUUUGUAUCCAGCUCACAAGGACCAGCAUCCACCCAGACUGUCUAUUCUUAUAGCUGUACACUGGGCUGGCUGGCCCCACACAGUGAGGACUGACUGCAGUGGUCCCAGCAGGUAGUAGGUCUCACUCACUUUUCAUCCUGAGAGCUGACUCAGGUCACUAGGAAAAAGCUAUUUCAGCCUCUGUGAUGGGUGGCACAACCCAGUCCAUCCUGAGGAUAGAGAGCCCAGAACAUGAAGGGGUGAUUAGGAUGUGUUUUUUACAGAAGAGUCACAAGUACUAGGCUUGAUACAUUGUUUUUUUAGGGUUAUCAUGGGCUUGGUUCCUGUAUUACAAAUGCACCGCUCCCAGUGACCAUUUUCCUUUUCUUUUUUUUUUUUUUUUAU